AACGACAAACGUUGUUCAGAACGCAAUACAAUAUUGUCCCUUGCUUGGUUUAAGUUUGGUUCUAUUUAGCGAAAGAAAUGAAGGUUCUAGUUGUGUUUGCCUUGAUCGCGGUGGUCGCGGUAUUCGCCGAUACUAAGGUCCUUAAGUUCGAGAACGUACAGGACGGAGAGGGAACGUACAAGUUCGCAUAUGAAACUGAUGAUGGAACGUCCCGGGUGGAGCAGGGUGACCAGAAAGGCGAAGAUUUGACGGUGCAGGGUAAUUUCAAAUUCACUGCCGAUGACGGUCAGGAAUACAAGGUCAAAUACGUGUCGGAUGGAAACAACGGUUUCCGUGCCGAGGGCGAUCACAUCCCAAAUGAGUAUGUUGACAAACUGUCUAGUCUGUAAGCAGUGGAAGGAGUCGUAAUAAAGAUGCCGUGAUAAGUGUCAUAGAAUAAAAUCAUUCAUUAAAUUCUAAAAAAUGGCUA